ACAAACACUACGAGGCUUUUAUCGCAAAGAUUUGUUCGCUAUCUCUCUCUACUCUGAGCUUUGUUUCGCACUUCAUUAAUCACCGCAACGAAACCCUAGCUACCUUCUCCUCGCAUCUCAGAAGCAGAUAAAUCUCCGGCGAAGAUGGCAGGUGGCUUGGAUAUGUCACUGGAUGACCUCAUCAAAUCCAAUCGAAAACCUACCGGAUCUCGCGGCCGAGGCAACGGUGGUACUACUAGCAGCGGCGGUGGUCGCGGAUUCGGCGGUGGCUCCGGGCCGUCUCGGCGAUUUGCUAACCGCGUAGGAAACAGAACGGCGCCGUAUUCAAGGCCGAUGCAGCAACAACAAGAAGCUCAUGACGCCAUGUGGGCAAACGACGUUUUCGCCACUGACGCGAGUGUGGCCGCUGCUUUUGGGCAUCAGUCUGCCGGAUCUUCUAUCGAGACUGGAACGAAGCUCUACGUCUCCAACUUAGAUUAUGGUGUCUCCAAUGAGGAUAUCAAGGAGCUCUUUUCAGAGGUUGGUGACCUUAAGCGUUAUGGGAUUCACUACGAUAGGAGUGGAAGAUCCAAGGGUACUGCGGAGGUUGUUUUCUCGCGGCGUGGUGAUGCCUUGGCAGCUGUCAAGCGUUACAACGAUGUUCAGCUGGAUGGAAAGCUGAUGAAGAUUGAGAUUGUUGGAACAAAUCUUUCAGCUCCAACACCUCCUAUUAUUGCUCCUGUUCAGAUUCCCUUUCCUUCUAAUGGGAUACUUGGCAACUUUAAUGAUAACUACAAUGGCAACUUCAAUGGCAACUUUAAUGGAAACUUUAGAGGGAGAGGAAGAGGUGGUUUUAUGGGGCGGCCUCGUGGUGGUUUUGGAGGUGGUAAUUUCCGUGGUGGUAGGGGAGCUAGAGGAGGAGGUGGUGGUGGUCGGGGCAGUGGAAGAGGAGGACGUGAUGAAAAGGUGUCUGCAGAGGAUCUUGAUGCUGAAUUGGACAAGUAUCACAAAGAGGCAAUGGAGGAAACAAGUUGAAAAGGAGGGACUAAAUCCAUUUGCAAGACUAAAUGUAUUUCUUUAGUGCAUGGUUAUAUACUUUUGUAUGAGUAUGUUAUUUAGAUCGGUGUCAAUUGUCUGACAUUAUCCCGGUUUAGUUAGCUAGUUUGUUUCUUCUCUUUGUGAGGCUUUUUGCAAUUGAGAGGUUGAUUGUUUCUGGUU